AUGGGCCGCCGGUUUGUCGACAGCUUUCGUCGAGUGCCUGGAGGUCUUCCCAUGACCGGCAACCACGGUUAUCAUGUCAACGAUGAUCUCCCCGACAUGGGACAAGCUGGUGGCCGCUUCUAUGACCUUCGUGCUGCCAAUGUCCGGACAGCCAAUUCUGCACUUGCGCGAGACCUCAAGGGCCGCCAUCUGCAAAUGAUUGCCAUUGGAGGCUCUGUCGGGACGGGUCUUUUCGUGGCAUCGGGCGUGGCUCUCUACCAAAGCGGCCCAGCUUCCUUACUGCUUGGCUAUCUUGUUACUGGUGCUAUACAAUUUUGCACCAUGCAAAGUAUGGGUGAAUUGGUAACCGCAUUUCCAGUUGCCGGCUCGUUUUCUGCAUUUUCCAGUCGGUUUCUGGACCCAUCAUGGGGUUUCGCCAUGGGUUGGAAUUAUGCUUUACAAUGGCUUGUCGCUCUACCUGUUGAGAUGAUUUCUGGGGCUUUGGCCAUCCAAUAUUGGAAUGCAUCUCUUAGCCCAUCCAUCUUCGUAACCAUCUUUCUACUCGCAAUCGUCGGCAUAAAUCUGAUGGGAAUCAAAGGAUAUGGCGAGGCAGAAUUUAUCUUCUCCACAGUCAAAGUAACUGCCAUUGUGGGCUUCAUACUCCUCGGGGUAGUUAUCAAUAUCGGAGGACCGCCCACCAGUGGUUACAUUGGCGGGCAUUAUUGGACAGAUCCUGGCCCAACACACAACGGCUUCAAAGGCUUCUGCAGCGUCUUAGCCACAUCUUCGUUUUCGUUUGUCGGUACCGAAAUCAUCGGGCUGGCUGCGGCUGAGACUGCGAACCCAAGAAAGUCCCUUCCAAGCGCUAUCAAACAAGUGUUCUGGAGAAUUGGCAUUUUUUACAUUGUAUCACUGCUGUUGGUGACUCUGUUGGUUCCGUACAACGAGCCUCGCCUUCUUGGAGGCCAAAGCUCUGUCGAUGCGGUUGCCAGUCCGUUCGUUAUUGCCGUCGAGAGCGCUGGCUCAACAAUUUUACCCAGCGUUAUGAAUGCCGUUAUUAUGAUUGCAGUGUUGAGUGUGGGAAACUCUGCCAUAUUCGGAUCUUCGAGAACGCUGGCCUCCUUGGCUGAGCAGUCGCACGCGCCGGCCAUAUUUUCCUACGUUGAUCGCAAGGGGCGACCCUUAGUCGCGAUUCUUUUCGCCUCUUCUCUAGGCCUUUUGGCCUACUUAGUCAAUGUUAAGAUUCAUUCAGAAAUCUUCGAUUGGCUUUUCGCUAUUUGUGGUUUGUCCAGUCUGUUUACUUGGGGCAGCAUUUGCCUCUGUCAUAUUCGAUUCCGGAGAGCUUGGGCAGCCGCAGGCUACUCGGUAAAUCACCUACCAUUUGUUUCACAGGCCGGUGUUCUGGGUUCUAUCCUAGGAUUAGUUGGCAAUAUACUGGUGCUGACUUCCCAGUUUUGGGUUGCCAUAUCUCCAGUGCCAACCAGUCCCACGGAUCAACCCACUAUCACUGCCAGAAACUUCUUCCUCAAGAUGCUGGCCGUCCCAAUCGUCAUUCUGUUCUAUAUUGGACAUAAAUUGUGGUUCAGAACACAAAUUGUUAGCAUAGCAUCUAUGGACAUCCACACUGGGAGAAGUUUUUCGAGAGUACAGUCCCAUGUUUCGGCAGAGGAGGAGGAGCUGCGCCGUACAUGGCCCUUGUGGAAGAGGAUUUACAGGACGCUCUGUUGAGCACAACGAUUGCGAGAGACAUUUACGUACAUGCAUAAAUAGAAUAUG